AUGGAGAAUGCAAACAAGAAUCAGAAUACUAACGAUAAUGGUGAAAAUACUGAGGAAAAUCCAUUACCUACAAGAUUUGAAGUCGAAUUGGAAUUUGUUCAAUCGUUAGCCAACAUACCAUACGUUACGUAUUUAUUAACUCAACAACAACAAAUUUUAAAGGAUCCAAAAUUCAAGAAUUACUUGAAAUAUUUGGAAUAUUGGUGCGAGCCACCAUAUUCUCAAUGUAUUGUCUACCCAAAUUGUUUAUUUGUCUUAAAAUUAUUGAAUGGGUUUAUGGAAAAUACAACAGUAAAUGAAGAUGGUUUAUUGGAUGGUUUAGAAGAAUUACCGAAGAUUAUUCAAUUACAAGGAAGUCAAUUGAUGAAUGAGAUGGUAGAAAGAUGGGCCAGUUGA